UUUCAGUGACGUUCCUGGAAAUGGUAGCAAAACAAGUUGUAUUUUUCGGUUGUUUGGUGGCAUUUGCUACCGCCGCCAUCGAACUGAACCCUAGCCGACCGCUGCUGUUCGGAACCAAUCGAAUCAUUCCUCAGGCGCAACCCGGACCCGAUGUCGAAUCGGUAGCCGUUUGGAAUGAGCUGUUGGUUCGUCGGAGUCACUCCAAUGCACAAAAUCGAAUCUUCUUCCCGAUGCGGUACGUCACCAAUGACCAGUAUUAUCGUCCGGGCGGACCGAUCUUCCUGUUUGUCGGUGGACCAUGGGAACUGCAGGAGCAUUUGGUUGAACAAGGACAUUUUGUGGAUAUUGCUGCCAACAUGAGUGCGUAUUUGGUCGCGAACGAACUGCGCUACUAUGGAGAAAGUAUACCGAUUGAAGAUGCGACUCGUCACAAUUUGCGUUACCUAGCUCCAACACAGUUUCUACCGGACAUUGCGAACCUAAUAAGGCACAUCAGGAACGAAGUUCUACAGGACCCUGGAGCUCGGGUUAUUCUGGGCGGAGUUGGUUUCUCGGGUUCGAUUGCGCAAUGGGUUCGCAAGCAGUAUCCGCAUCUUGUGCAAGGAGUUUGGUCUUCCAGUGGUUUGUCGCUUGCCAGCAAUAAUUUUAGUCGAUUUGCUCAAGAAGUGGGAGCUAAUAUCCGACGCCACGGCGGGGAUGAGUGUUAUAAUACAAUUUGGCAAGGAUUUGGCGUUGCUGAGAAUCUUAUUGACGCAGGUCUAUCGGCAACCGUCGAUAGAUUGUUCAACGUUUGCAAUCCAAUCGAUGCGGAAAAUCCAAAUGAUGUUAAGGCGUUCUUCAAUGGAAUAUUCAACGAAAUUACUUUACAAGCUACAAGCGCAAACUUACGUGAAAACAUUGCUCGCAUGUGUGAGGUUCUUACGAGUUCCGAUCAACCGAACGGAAUCACUGCUCUAUCGGAUUGGCUGACUGGUAGUUUCUCGGAUGCUGAGUGUCUGCUGAUGGAUUUCGAAAGUAUUGUGGAAUCAUACCAUGUGACUGACUGGGAAGAUGAAAUGCUCCGCAACGGGGAGCGUCAAUGGUUGUUCCAGCGUUGCACAUCAAUGGGAUGGCCACUAACUUCGGAUUCGCUGCAGCAGCCUUUUGGCAGCCGCCUUAGUGUGAACUUCUUCCAGGAGCUUUGCUCACGUUUAUUCGAUGAUUGGCUAUCUCCGGACGUAUUCAGAUCCCUGGUCAGUGACACGAACCUUUUCUAUGGAGGUAAUCAACCCGAAGUGCAGCGAGUGUAUUUCUCCCACGGUGCUCUGGACCCGUGGCGUUAUGUUGGGGUAAGAUCCGUUUCGGGGGAUUCGUCCAGUCGCUAGACAGCAGAUGCCACCCAUGGAGAAGAUUUGGCUUCGAUUUCCGAAACAGAUUCUGACGCAAUGAGACUGAGCAAGGAGUUGAUCGCGGAGGCCAUCAUGCGAUGGGCAAGUUAGGUUGUUUGAAAGCUAGUAUUCACGGUAUUAUUUGAUUAUAUACAUUGGUUAUUUAUAAAAACUGUUCUUAUUACUGGAUUCAGUAUUAAAAUGUGAAAUGCGUCACC